CCCCCACAUUCCAUCUAUCGUUUUUAAGCCGCGAUUGUUUCUGUCAGUCGUGUAACCUAAAGCAAUUGUUUCUUCCUGCCCCCUUCACGCAUUGCUAUCAUGUCGCAAUCCAACUAUAACUACGUCGACGAGCUCGCCCAGUUAAACAAGGAUAUUUUGGCCAAGAAUCCCGCCGAUAUUCUCCAGUUCUGUUCCAACUAUUUUCUCGCCCGCUUGGAAGACCAGAGAAAACAGUUGUGGAACCAGCAGCAGAGAGCCAGCGCUGCCGGGAUCACGCUCUUCCCUCGACACUCGGUUCCCCGCCAAUCGAACUCCCACGCCUUCCCAGCGUUCAAGACACCAUUCGGUGAUAACGACCCGCACUCAGAAGACCCCCACCACGAUAAGCACACAGAAGAUGAAGGACCAGGUGCGCCAGCUGCUUCCGUACCUACCCCCGGCUUGUUCAGGGGCACGUUCGGCGCUCCGGCCAGCUCGUUGGCUCGGUCGGUCGACCCAAGUGACAAGUCCGAAAGCGACACAAUUGCGCCGCUCGGAGCCAAGAUCUCCAAGUUGCCGGCCCACUUUAAUGCCAACAGAAGAACCUCCGUUAGCGCUGAGACCUUAAAUCCAAACAAGUUCCUCGGCGACUGGAAGCCGCCAGUGAGAAACUUGACCUCGGAGCAGUUAAGCAGAUUGAACAGCAGUGUUGCCAAGAACUUCUUGUUUGGCCAGUUGGACGAUGAGGAGCUCAACACCGUGAUCCAUGCUUUGGAGGAGAAGCGUUUGCCGCAGAACACCGAAAUCAUCAAGCAGGGCGACGAGGGGGAUUUCUUCUACGUGAUUGAGAAGGGUGAAGUCGACUUCUACGUCAAUGGUGAUAAGGUCAACACCUCCGGACCGGGUUCCUCUUUUGGUGAGUUGGCGUUGAUGUACAACUCUUUUAGAGCUGCAACCGCUGUGGCCACCACUGACUGUGUCUUGUGGGCGCUUGAUCGGUUGACCUUCAGACGUAUCUUGUUGGAGGGGACUGCCAAGAAGAGAGCCAUGUACGAGGUUUUCUUCAAGGAUGUGCCGGUGCUUGCCUCGCUCUCCGCGUACGAAAAGAGUAAGUUGGCUGACGCCCUUGUGUCGAAGACCUUCCAGCCAGGCACACCUGUGGUUGUAGAGGGUGACGUCGGUGAAAAUUUCUACUUCAUCGAAUCCGGUACGGCGGAAGUCUCCAAGGAAGGUGAGGGGGUGGUUAGCCACUUGGCCAAGGGCGACUACUUCGGUGAGUUGGCCUUAUUGAACGACUCGCCAAGAAAAGCCACCGUGACUGCAUCUUCAGUACUCAAGGUUGCUACCUUGGGCAAGAGCGGGUUCCAGAGAUUGCUUGGGCCGGUCGUGGAGGUGUUGAAGCGCCAGGACCCUACUCACCAAUAGGGAUGUAUGAUUAGUUACUAUAUAUGUAAUACGUGAAACGAAGAAAAAAAAAGUGUAGGAGUGAUA